AUGACGGACCCAAUUCAGCAAUGGAAAGCCAUUGGCGUCGUCGGUGCCGGCAGCAUGGGCUCGAUGAUGGCCUUCGCGUUUGCAGAACUAGGGCUUGACGUGUCGAUUUGGGACGUAGCCGAGCAAAAUGUGGACAAAAUCACAGGGCUUGCGAGUAAGUCAGAGCAACAGUUUAAGGGCAAGAUCACGGGCUACAAGAACAUCGACGAGUUUGUGAAAAGUCUCCAGGAUCGAGGGGAGCGAAAGCUAUUCAUGUUUUCAAUCACGCAUGGAGAGCCGGCAGAUUUCGUUCUUGGUAUGAUCAAGAAGAACCUUAGGAAAGGCGACGUGAUCUUCGACGGCGGGAAUGAGUAUUAUCGUCGAACAGAGCGGCGUCAGCAGGAGCUUAAGCCUCUCGGGGUCAGUUGGAUUGGAAUGGGUGUUUCUGGUGGAUAUCAGUCUGCUCGCAGGGGACCAAGUCUGUCACCGGGUGGCGAUAAGCAGAUUGUUCAAGAAGUCUUGCCGUUGCUAGAGCUGUACUCAGCUAAAGACAAGAAGACAGGCAAACCAUGUGUGACUUAUAUUGGGCCGGGAGGAUCUGGCCACUAUGUGAAGAUGUGUCACAAUGGUAUUGAAGGCGGUCUCUUAUCAACAACCUGCGAGGCUUGGGCAAUCAUGCACAAAGGCCUUGGUAUGAGCUAUGAUGAGAUUGGGGAUGUGUUCACCAAUUGGUCGAAGCAUGGGGAAUUGAGGAACAAUUUCCUACUCGAAAUUGGCGCCGAUAUCUGCCACAGGAAAAAGACGGCUCAAGGUGAUGGUAAAGGAGAAGGCGUCGAUCCUGCUGGUGGAUACGUUCUUGAUGAUGUUCUUGACAAAGUGGUCCAAGACGACGAUAACACCGAGGGAACCCCAUUAUGGUCAAUAAUGGAAACGGCACUCCGACACGUUUCGGGUCCAACGCUAGCGACCGCACAUUAUCUCCGAAUUGCCAGUGGGAACAGAAGCCAGCGAGUUCGGAUUUCUAAGAAACUCGAUAUUCCCGAGCCUAAAACCCUUCAAGUCAAGGAUAAGAAAGCCUUUCUCGAGACCCUGCGUCGCGCUGUUUAUGCAUCAUUUCUCUCUUCUUACUGCCAGGGCUUGGAACUUAUUGCUCGAGCAUCCGCAGAUGAGGGAUGGGGCGUGGACCUUGGAAAGUGCAUUCAGAUCUGGCGUGCAGGGUGCAUUAUACAGUCCGAGGCUAUUGCUGAUAUGCUGCAGCCUAUUUUGGCCCAAGACGUUCAGAUAAUGAACAUGAAGCUUAUCGACGAGGUGUCAAGAGACUUGCAUAAUAAUUAUGACUCUCUGAAAGAGAUUGUACUCAGAAGCACCGAGUCCGAUGCAUAUAUACCUUCGUUGUCGGCAUCGCUGGAAUACGUGAAGUAUGAAAGCAGCACGAUGCUACCCACACAGUUUAUGGAAGCUGAGAUGGACUAUUUUGGCGCCCAUGCAUACAACAAGGCAGGCAAGCCUGGCGAAGACCCUGGAGUUGUCCAGAAGGGACCUCAUCAUUAUGAGUGGAAGCCUGCUUGA